GGACGUGGGGAAGGCCCCGGAUCGGUUAGACCGUCAUUACCUCCCGAAACUUUGCUCCGACAUCUUUUUGGUGAUUACCUCUUUCUCUCCCUCUCUCCUUCUCUUUUCCCUCUCUCUCUGCCUCGGAAGGGUUUCUUUUCGACUUCUUUCCAUCUUGUUCUCACACCGGUCAUUACACGGGAUCAAUGAAAAGUGGACUCCCUGUCUGCCAGUGACUAAGCUACAUUCGAAGGUCAAAAUUGGGUCCUGCUGGCUGGCCCCGAUCGCCUUUUCCCGUUGCGUAAUCCAUCUGGCCCUUCCGAUUGCGUCGCGACCUUCCUUUUGACAUGCGUCGCGAUCGCCGAUUCUACGCGACCACUUGCGAUAUAACCUCUUGAAUCAAAUUAUCCGAUCUUCAUACAACUGUCACCGAACCACUCACUACCCCACGAGGGACCCUACAGAUCGCAUCACCGACGCGACACCGCGCUUCUGGAUAACUCUAGCCUUCGACCCGUACAUGACAUGCGACACGGCGCAAACUAACCCUGCUCAUGGAUGAGGGUUCCGAUAAGGCCCCUCGGCGGAAGAGGGUGUCGAGGGCCUGCGACCGGUGUCGCAGUAAGAAGGACAAAUGCGAUGGAAUUCGUCCCACCUGCUCCGCAUGUCAAGCAUCCGGCCAGCCCUGCUCAUAUGAUCCUCAUGCGAAGAAGCGCGGUCUACCGGAGGGCUACGUGCGCGGGUUGGAGAAACUAUGGGCGCUCUCCAUGUGUAAUAUCGGUGGGUUCGAAGACACCAUGCUGGCCAUGCUAGGAACCACGACGGAGUCGGCAGGCCGCCGAGAAAAAUUAAUGUCGGUGUGGUCGGAUGACGGCUCAUCGGAGAGCUUACACGAAACCUGGAAAACGAGUCGUCUAUAUAGUGCAUUGGAGAAAAUGCUAUCGAACCAGGAACCACCUCUCGUAACGGGCAAACGAUUGCGCAACCCGCAAGAUGACCCCUUGGAGGGCUCGGAUGGAAAAUGGGGAUUUCGAGUGGCUCGAGACUCGACACCCUUGGGUCCUGAAGCGCCACGGAUCGUCGGUCCAGCAGCCAUGGGCUCGCCAAAUGCGAAACGAGCCCGAAUGUCACAGGGGUCGAUUGGUCGGGACGUCGCGCAACCAGGAAGUGGUCCCCAUACCCUACAAUUACCCCCGCAGACAUCACAACUCCUCGAUAUCUACUUUGCCACGACUCACACUUGGUUCCCCGUUGUCGCCAAACACAACAUCCUUCGCGCAUCCUACCUAUAUGCCAAUGCCCCCUUCUCCGUCGCCACGACGUCUCCAGGCUCUGGGGAUCAUGCUGCAUUAUGGGCAAUUCUCAGCUACACCAUCGCCCAAUCCUCAGCCACUACUCGGAUGAACCCUACUGGAGCGGUUCCUUCAGCCAAAGAGUACUAUACCGUAUCUCGAAAUCUCAUCCCAUCGGAAAAAGAACGCUAUGAACUCGGUCAUAUCCAGGCUUUGUUGCUGUUGACCUUGGUCAAUAUCGGCCUCGAAGAUUGGACGGCUGCAUGGCUGCUGAGCGGCCAAGCCGUGCGCAUGGCCAUUGCAAUGGGUUUGGGUGCCUUUGCUGACACUCGCCGCUCCGAUGAAAUGCGACAGGGUAAAGCAGUUUUCUUGGGCUGCUUCGUCAUUGAUUCUCUACUAUCGUUUCGACUUUCCCACUGUCCUGCCAUGUCUUCGAAUGAUCUAGCAAAUGUGGGGUUGUUGGAAGAGGAUGGAUUGGAGGAGUGGAACUCAUGGGUGGACGUGCUUCCCCCGACGGGAGUUCCACACGGUAAGAAUUCUCCACGGAGAGGGCCCUUGUUGUCUCUCAGCUGUUUCAAUCGUUUGGUCGAGCUGGCUAGCGUGCUUAACAAGACAUCUCGAAACCUGUCGCUGGGAUACAAGGCGCCCAACUUUGCCCAACAAUUGGUGAUGGACCUGAAGCAGUGGGAUGAUGGGUUGCCGCUAGGGUGUCGACUGAUUGGACCGGAAAGCAUCUACCCUGAACGACAUUCGGCACUGCUACCGCAUCAGAGCUAUUUGGGAUUGACGUACGUUGCUACGCUGCUUUGGCUGUAUCUGCGUCUCAUUCCCGGAGAGCAAGGUCUCCAUCGGUCACAGCGUCCGGCGACCGAAGGUGCAAAGAAGCUCCUUUACCGAGGCCUUUCCAUGAUCUCUCAGCAUCUGGAAAACUUCCCCAUGUGUGGGUUGCCACCUCUUUUCGAGUUUGGUCUGCGUACAAUCUCCGAGCAAGCGCUUUCGCUACGGCAAACUGUGGACUCGUCGGAUACUUUCCCUUUCUCUCGCUGGGCCGAGGAGUUUCGUCAAAAGACGACGGUGUUGACCGCCAGUUGGCCGGUACAUGGUUCAUUGGUAUCCUCGAUGGAUCGCUGGCAGAAGACUAGCAAUGUCUCCGUCGCACUGCAGCCAUACCCGGGGAAUACGACUUCAUUGCUACCGGGAGCCACCUCCAUGCAUGGGGCCACCCAGGCGCCCGUCAUGGCUCACGGCUUACCUCCGCCCGAUCAAGGAAGCUAUGCAUCAUCCGUCCUGGGGAUCAGCAUCCCCGCUGACGGGCAAUCCCUGACGCCCAAGGAUACGAUCAUGGAGAAUACCGAGAUGGCCAUGAUGGAUCCAUCGGUGCAGCAAUCGAUCCUCCCCACCGACAAGGUCACGCCUCGCAGUGGACCGGACCCGCUGUUUGCGCCCGGAAGCGCCCAUGCACAACCUCAUACCCCCGACUCAUCCAAUUCCAAUCCCAUGAUGGCGGGUAAAGCUCCUACCAGUGAACGAUCCGUCUCGACGAACGACCACCUGCAUUUCAAUCCCGCUGGCACGGGUGAUCUCGAUGCGAUCUUUAAGGAUUUGGCGUACCUGGACACGACCGAGUGGUCCAGCAGCCGCGAGGCCGGCCUCAAGGACUUUGGAUUCUUGGACGAUACUACUUUCCAAGCCUUCUGCCACGAUCCCGACCGUCUUGGGGGAUCUCAGCCCUUGGUGCAUCCGCCAUCGAUUGCCGAUAUCUGGCCGCCGCCCGGAUUUUUCCCGGAAACCUUCCAAGAGGUCCCCGAGAAGGCCAUGAACGGCUGAUCACGGAUAAUGCGAAAGACCGCCUCGAUAAACUAAUUGUCAAUUCUCGAGUGGUUUAUUCGUUAUUGCCUCACGCUUUCACGGGUCUCAGUUGGUCCCAUCUCCAACGCUCCAUCCGACCCACCGUGGCUGUCCUGCUCCGCUCCCGGUGUUUCAGGUGGUUCCCCGGGAAGCCGCUAUGAGCUGUCAGACACAAGCCACCCCAUCGGCCGUUGUUGUCACACCGAUUGUUUUAUUUUGGGUUUCGUCUUGUGUGGUCAAGCGCCGUGUCCAUGAUGUUUCCCUUCCUUCUUUUAUGAAUCCAUUGGGAGACCGGCAACUCCUGGGAAUCCUGACUCUACCGCCGUUGACGCUUCCCGCUGAUCGACACCACGAGGGAGCUUCGGUCAAGUUAGGCAGCAUUCUUUGCUCCACGGUCAUUCCCCCGGUGGCUAGUUUGACUUUUGAUCGACUGACGAGUGGACUAUUGGGAUGAUCCGAACCCAAGUGAUUUACCAUAAAACUCUGUAAGAAAUACGAAAUGUACUAUGCCAAAGAACCCGCAUCGAGGGGCACGAUGUAUAUGCGCAUUUGUACAUGAGAACAAUUGAGACAUGUGAAGGUGUAUACCCAAGUAAUUUUUUCGCCUA